AUGGACCAUGAGGUCUACCAGAGACUUCUCGCGAAGCUCCAUAUCGCAGGCAUCUUCCACACUCAUCUUCCUGAUAAGGAUGAUACUGGUGGCGGGGGAAAGGCGAACCAUCCCCUGGCAGACAGUAAGGGCGAGCGAGUGCAUGAGAUCAAGCCUCGCGCCGGAACGGAAAACAAGGAGCAAACCAGUCUCAAACCCCUGAACAUUGGACUGCAGCUGUGGUGA